AUCAGUAAUAUGUUUUGAUGCUUUAUGAGACAAUUACAAUAAUUUAGAUGUGUAAAUUACCAGAAUAUCAAGAAAAUUGAUGGGGACGUUUCAUGUCUGCGGUCUUCAAGUUUGGAAGUGGCAAGGUUUAAAAUAAUUGGAAACACUAUAAUAAUGCUGUCAUUUUUUGCAUAUAAAAACGUUCAACUUGUACAAUCGGAAAUAGUAAUUUUAUAGUCGUCGAACGCAAUGUGGCCCUUCUGCGUUUUAGUAAUUCUAUUAACCGAAGCAGCGGCUAUUUCUGAUACAGUGACUGUAGAACAUUUGGACUGGUGGCAAAAAGGUGUAAUAUACCAGGUGUAUCCUAGAUCAUUUAAAGACAGUAAUGGAGACGGCGUAGGCGAUUUGAAAGGUAUUGAAAAAAUGGCCGAGCACUUCCAAGACGCCGGCGUGGGUGCAAUAUGGUUAUCACCAAUGUUCAAGUCACCGAUGGCCGACUUUGGAUACGACGUUUCAAAUUUCACCGAAGUGGAUAGCAUAUUUGGUACACUAGACGAUUUCAAGUCACUGCAAAUAAAACUGAAAUCCCUUGGUGUCCGCUUGUUAUUGGACUUUGUGCCUAACCAUUCGAGCGACGAACACGAUUGGUUUCAGAAAUCAAUAAAGAAAAUAAACCCGUACACGGACUACUAUUUAUGGAAAGAUGGCAAAACAGACUCUAACGGUAAUAGGAUACCGCCAAACAAUUGGCGAAAUUAUUUUGAUGGAAGCGCUUGGGAAUGGUCAUCUGAGAGAGAACAAUAUUACUUACAUCAAUUUUCGAUCAAACAGCCAGAUUUAAAUUACCACUCACCAGAGCUUUUAGAUGAAAUGAAGAAUGUGCUCCGAUUUUGGCUGGACAAAGGGGUUGACGGAUUUCGAGUGGACGCUUUACCGUUUUUGGUGGAGGACUCUUCUUUUAGGGACGAGCCGUUACUCGAUCCAAAUGCGGUCGACGAUAAUUACACAUACUUCUUACUCGAUCAUAUAUACUCUAGAGACCAACCACAGACUUACACCAUCGUUGAAGAAUUUAGAAGUGUUCUGGACGAAUACACAAAAAUAGACGGGAACACUAGACUGAUGUUAACUGAAGCGUACGCGUCUAUAAAUUACACAAUGUUGUAUUACAGUCAGGACAAGCCAAGGGCUCACAUGCCCUUCAAUUUCAAUUUGAUUUCUUACUUGAAUACCUCGUCGACCGCGAAUGACUUUAAGGACGUCAUCGACUUAUGGAUGGACAAUAUGCCUCGAGGUCGUUGGCCCAAUUGGGUGAUAGGCAACCACGAUAACAAACGAGUGGCUUCACGAUUCGGUCAAGACAUGGUGGACCCGAUGAACACCCUAGUGAUGCUGUUGCCAGGUACGGCCGUCACGUAUAACGGAGAAGAGUUGGGCAUGGCCGAUGGCACCUUGCGAUGGGAUCAGACAGUAGAUCCGUGGGGCAAGGCUGGAGGUCCGUCCAAAUAUGCCGUCAACUCGAGAGAUCCGUUUAGAACACCUUACCAUUGGAAUUAUACACAUAAUGCCGGUUUCUCCUCGACAAUAUACACUUGGCUUCCUGUCAACAGCAAUUAUUGGUAUCUAAAUUUGGUUUUCCAAAAAGAAUGCACUAGAAGUCAUUAUAAAACUUACAAGAAACUUAUAGAACUCCGGUCUAUACCUACAAUUUUGGAAGGCGACCUCACUCUUUAUGUGAUUUCAGAUUGGGUGCUUGCCUUUACCAGAAAACUUAAGGGUCACGAAGACUAUUACAUUAUUUUAAAUAUUGGGUCGGAACAAGAGACAAUUGUUCUAAAGAAACAUUUUCAAAAUUUACCGCAUAAUUUGAUUGUGCGCAUCUCAAGUAUAAAUUCAAUGCACUUAGAAAACGAUUACAUUGAUACGAAUAUACCUUUGGAAAUGAGGCCAAAAUCGUCGUUAGUACUUUCAUAUUAACUUCUCAUCAACUGUGUUGAGUUCAAGUGCACUUUAUUUUAGAUAAAUGUUAUUUAAACGAUAAACAAAAUCACCAUCAUCAUCAUUUACACAUAUUUUUGUAAAGUUCGUAAUUUCAAACACUAAUUAGAUUGGCCACUAUUAUAAUCGGUACUAUUAAUCUUUUAAAUUCAAAGUCCAAUAAUUCAAUAAGGUUAGCCCUAAGUCUUUACAUCUUUGGGGAGGGGGGUGGUAAUUACCAGAUGAGUCGAAUUCAAGCAAAAAAUUAAUUUCAAGUGUUUUCAAAAUUGACUGAUUAUGACCACUCUCCGAAGAUAUCUUUAAUGUAGACAUAUUACAAUAUAAACUAAAUACUAUAUUUAUCGGUCGUAUAUGUUUAAAUUAUUUAAGCAAAUAAAAUUCUAACCGUGUAUUAUAUGAUGAUUUCAUUAUUGUUGUAAUCUUUUAUAAUGUAAAAAUGAAUGAUUUUAAUAGAAAAAGUUGUAUUUAUCAUAAUAUUAUGUAUCUAUUUUGGCUAAAAUCACUAUUUUUUGUAAUAUUAUUGCUGAAUACAAUAAUAAUAUGUAAUAUUACAUUACCUUUUAAUUUGUAUGCUGUAAUUUUCCAAAACCACUCAUCACAAAAAUAAUAUACAGGAUUUAUUGGUCGUUCGCGCAUGUGUA